AUGAAUAUGCAAAAAAAGCAAUCAUUCUCUAAAUGUCUAUACAAAUUUUUGUAUGCAUUUAUAUUGCACACAACAAUUUGUACAUGCACUCAUGAAGAAAAGUACAUUGAAGAUUCACCUUUGGAUAAAUUAUUUCUUGAUAUGUUGAUACAUACAUUCCUUCAAGGGACAUAGAAUGGCAAAAAAUAAAAUACAUGAUAAAUUUGCAAAACUAAAGACCAAAACUGUUAGUCCGAAAAAAGAAAAUAAAUUUAAAAUGUCCAUGUUGAACAUGUCAGUUACAGUUUUAUGCAUUGCUAUUGCUACUUGGUUCAGUUACAGGGGAUACUUAGAAACAAGAGUAAAUACUCCAUAUGAUGUAAACAAGUUAGUCACAGCCUCUGGAUUAGAUGUUCCAGACAGAUAUUGGGGUACCUAUCGAUCAGGCGUCUAUUUUGGACUAAAAACUAGAGAUCCUCAUUCUUUAGUAACAGGAUUGAUGUGGUAUUUUCCACAUUUGUUGCGUCAGGACAAAAGUGGCCUUAGACAUUGGUGUGAACAAAAUGAUAGAUUAGAUAGAUAUGCAUGGAUGGAACAUGAUGGAAAAAAUUUUGGUGUUCAAGAAAUAGUGGAUAAUUCAGCUAUUUUAACUACUACAUUUGUUAAAAGACCAGGCGGUAAACAUGGUGGAGAUUGGACCGCAAGAAUUUCUGUAACUUCUGAAGAUAAAAUACGAGAUGGUGAAGAAAUCUCAUUACUUUUCUACACUGCCAUUGAAGAAAAUGUUAAAGGAUGGAUUAAAGCUAAUCUUGGGGAUGAGAAACAGUUAACAGGCGUAGAAGGGAAUACUCAAGGUUUAGGUUCAUUUAUUAUAAAUCUUAAUAUGAUACAUGGAACGGUAGAAGAACAUUCUUUUCUAGUAACUGUUGCCCCUGGCUUAAAUAUUUUGAAAGAAACUGUACUUCAAAAUCUUAGAAUAGCAUUUCACAAAGGUUCAACAAAAGAAUAUAUAGUUCUAGCGGGUGAUCAAAUACCACUAUCGAUAGAUGGGAAAAAAAGAGAUGCAAAUUUUAUUGCGACACAAAUAACAGGAAAAAUUCCUUUUGAAAUUGAAAUUAGUUAUGAAUCUGGUAGUUUUAUUAACAGAGUUGACAAACUGACUGGUCAAAAUUAUGAUCGUGCUUUAAAAACGCACCGAAAAUUAUUUGAUGAAAAGUUUGAGAAAGUAUUUAAAUUAAAGUCAAAAGGUUAUGCAGAAGAAGAAAUUGAAUUUGCCAAAAUGGUCUUAUCGAAUAUGAUAGGCUCCAUAGGUUAUUUCUAUGGAAGUUCACAAGUGCAAAGUCAAUAUACUAAAGGUCCUGUGCCUUAUUGGAAAGCACCUUUGUAUACUGCUGUACCUAGUAGAAGCUUUUUUCCACGAGGAUUUCUAUGGGACGAAGGUUUUCAUGGCUUGCUUAUAUCAGCUUGGGAUCUAGAAAUUGAAUUGGAUAUUAUAAAUCAUUGGUUUGAUUUAAUGAACGUCGAAGGAUGGAUUCCAAGAGAAAUGAUUUUGGGUCAAGAAGCAUUAGCAAAAGUUCCAGAAGAGUUUGUAACUCAAGUGAAUACAAAUGCAAAUCCGCCUACAUUUUUCUUAACAUUGCAUUUCAUACUUAAACAUAAACAAGAAGAGGUAUUAGAAAAGCAUUUCCAAUUUUUUGAUAAUUUGUAUCCUCGUCUUCAGACAUGGUUCAGUUGGUUUAACACUACGCAAACUGGAGAUAUACCCAGUACGUAUAGGUGGCGAGGUAGAGAUGGAACAACUAACAAAGAAUUAAAUCCAAAAACGCUCACGUCUGGUUUAGAUGAUUAUCCGAGAGCUUCUCAUCCAAAUAUCGACGAAAGGCAUGUUGAUUUACGUUGCUGGAUUGCAUUUGCCGCUCAUAUUAUGCAUCAAAUCAGCGAAAUGUUAAAUCAGUCUAAUAAUAAAUAUCAAGAGACCUAUCAGUAUUUAUCUGAUAAUAGUUUGUUGAAUAAAUUACAUUGGUCGCCAAAUACACAAACGUAUGCCGAUUUUGGAUUGCAUACAGAUAAAGUACUCUUACGAAAAGUAACUUCCCCUCCAAAAUCACAUGCACAACCGUCAGAAACAAUAAGAGUCGUAAUGGAAGAUCCAACUCUAAGAUAUGUUGAUUCAUCCUUCGGUUAUGUUUCCUUAUUUCCAUUUAUUUUACAAAUCAUCGAUCCCGAUUCUCCACAGUUGGGUAAAGUAUUACAAGAUUUAACAAAUCCCGAUCUAUUGUGGACCAAACAUGGUUUACGAUCACUCGCGAAGAUAUCACCAUUUUACAUGAAAUAUAAUACUGAACACGAUGCUCCUUAUUGGAGAGGAGCUAUUUGGAUGAAUUUAAAUUAUUUGACAGUACGAGCGACGCAUUACUAUUCUAACAUUGAUGGUCCAUAUAAAGAGAAAGCGAGGAAGAUUUAUCAGAAUUUAAGGAAGAAUUUAAUACAAAAUGUCUUUAAACAAUAUAAAAAAACUGGAUACAUAUGGGAAAAUUAUGGAGAUGUUCAUGGAGAACCAAAAGGUAGUCAUCCAUUCACUGGUUGGACGUCUCUAGUUUUAUUACUCAUGGCAGAAAUUUAUUAA